AUGUAUACGUGGAAAAUGUGUGUAAGAGAGAGGGAACAAAAAUACUCUGUAAGAAUGUUCUCUUUUGUCAUAUAUUCAUUAUCAUAUGUUCUAUUAAUUCUAUUAAACUAUGUAGCAGCAAAUACAGAAAUUUGGAGGUACUCUAUAGCUGAUAUAAAUCCAUCUAAAUGGGGUCAUCACAAUAUCAUUUCCAAUGGAAUAAUUCAACCUUUUCAAAUAAAUACAUUUUAUUUAUCUAAUCUGACUAGCCCUCAAUUUUUCUCACUCAAUUCCACUCAUCAUGACUAUGAAUCAAUAUAUUUGAAGUUAUCUUGGUCUGCUAUAGAUCCAAUUGAGUCAUUCUCCAAUGUAAACUUAUAUUCAACAGGUAAUAUAGGAGAUAAUGAUUUUCUAUUACUAUCUAUAGAAUUCAAUUUUUCACAUGAUAUGAUCUAUACUAAAGAUAAUCCGUUGAUGAUAAAUCUAUAUUUUGAUGAUUCAGGGAACCUAAUUACGCAUGAUUUAUACCCAAUUGUUAUUUAUAUCACAAUAGUCGUUGUGCUACUUACAUUGAUUUUUUGGAAAUUUGGUGGAAUUGAAACUUUAUUAUUCAAUUUCAUCUAA